GAGGCGGCUCCGGCUCGGCUCGGCUCGGUCACUGGGGCUGAUGUUCAGUCAUCAUGCGCUAUUGCUGUGCGCCUCUGUUUGGAGGAUCACAUGAACUUUUGAUUAUUUAUGAUGUUUUACGAUCACAUAUGGAGAAAUGUCCCAGGAAUUAAGGAUCGUCUUUUGUCAACUUUCGCUUUUUCUGAUCCGCGCUUUCAACAACACUUAACAGCGACUUCACUCAACUUCUCAUGCUAACCGAAGCUAACUCAAAUCAAUGCCAGAUUCCUCAGAAUCAUUAUGUUCGUGAUGGGAUUUUUUACUUUAUUCCACUUCAGUUUUACAUUUUAUUUUAUUUUAACGACACUCGUGGAUAUAUGAAGUUUUCAUUUCCGGAAAUCAGGGAUUUUAAUAUGAAUUCCUCAGUGGAUUUAUCGCUGAAGAAAGCGCUGAAAACUCCUCCGACACGACGAACUGCUGAGGACCUGAACACCAUCUACGCUCACCUGUACCACAUGGACGUGCUGUCCCACCUCAGAGAACACCAGCUCAGGUCCAUGUGCAUGACGGCCAGAUAUGAGCGUUAUGAUGCAAACCACGUUCUCUUCUACGCUGACAGCAUCUCCAUGUGUUGGUUCGUCCUGCUCUCGGGAUCAGUGCUGGUGAAGGAGCACAUGUACCUGGCCCGAUGCUGUUUCGGGACUCAGCGUGGAGGAAGAAGAGGCUGUGAAUGCAUCACUUUAGAGCCGUCUGAGAUGAUUGUGGUGGAGAACGCCAGCGAGAGCGACGACGACGCUCUGCAGAGACACGGACCUCAGAGACACUCGCGACGCCGCUUCCAUAAGGUGAACGCCGGAGGAGAGCGACAGCUCAUCGUAGACGCCCAGGACGCCUCGGACGCGCUUCCUGUUGACCUCAGCAAGAUGCACCUGACGGACCACCCCCCCCAGCAGAUGCACAUGCCUCCCAGCCAAUCAGGAUGCAGCAUCGCCAGUGACUCGGGGAGCAGCAGCCUAUCAGACAUCUACCAGGCCACGGAGAGUGAGAUGGGAGACGUGGAUCUGUCGGGUCUCCCCGAAGCCCCAGUGGACUCUGAGGAAGAGGAGGAGGAUGAAGACAUCGAGCGCUCCUCAGAGGCUCUCCUGGGCCGAGAUCUGGUGCGCGAGUGUCUGGAGAAGGAGCCGGUGGAUCGCACCGACGACGACAUCGAGCAGCUCCUGGAGUUCAUGCAUCAGCUUCCAGCUUUCGCAAACAUGACGAUGUCAGUGAGGAGAGAGUUGUGUCGAGUCAUGAUGUUCGAGGUGGUGGAACUGGAGGGGACCGUCAUUCUUCAGGACAAACAGGAGCUGAACACGUGGUACGUGAUCCUGAACGGGUGUGUGGAGAUCAGUUAUGGAGAGGGAAGAGCAGAGAUGCUGUGUAUGGGCAACAGCUUCGGCAUCGCUCCGUCUCUCGACACACAGUUCAUGAGCGGCCUCGUGUGCACCAAAGCCGACGACAGCCAGUUUGUGUGCGUCGCUCAAGAGGACUACUGUCGCAUCCUCAACCAUGUGGAGAAGAACACACACAAGGUGGAGGAGGAGGGCGAGAUCGUGAUGGUGAAGGAGCACCGCGAGCUCGACCGCAGCGGCACCAGGAAGGGCCACAUCGUCAUCAAGGGCACCCCUGAGCGGCUGAUCCUGCACCUGGUGGAGGAGCCGUCAGUGGUCGACCCCACGUACAUCGAGGACUUCCUCCUCACACACCGCACCUUCCUGGACAGCCCUAUGGACGUCGGCAAGAAGCUCCUGGAGUGGUUCAAAGUGGACAGUCUCAGAGACACGGUGACGAGGAUCGUGUUGUUGUGGGUGAACAAUCACUUUAACGAUUUUGAAGGCGACCCAGUGAUGACACAGUUCCUGGAGGACUUUGAGAAGUUACUGGAUUUCUCGAAAAUGAAGGGUCACCUGCGUCUGCUGAACAUCGCGUGUGCUGCGAAGGCCAAGUGUCGUCAGAUCACUCUCCAGAAGCCGUCCCGAGAGUCUCCGCUGUUCUUCGCGCUUCAGGGCGGCAGCGAGCGAGGCUUCGGCAUCUUCGUGGAGUCUGUGGCCGAGGGCAGUAAAGCAGCAGAAGCGGGGCUCAAGCGUGGAGAUCAGAUCCUGGAGAUUAAUGGACAGAACUUUGAGAACAUCUCGUACACCAAAGCCAUGGAUAUCCUCAAGAACAACACACACCUCUCUCUUACUGUGAAGACCAACAUCUUCGUUUUCAAAGAGCUUCAAAAUCGAGUGAGGCACGAGAAGAAAAACGGCGGUCCUCACAUCCCUAAGAUUCAGGAGAGGAAGAGCAACCGCUUCUCCAUCCCGGAUCUGCCCGGAGACAUGGAGUUUCCCUCGGACAGCAAGAGCCGCAAGAAGAUGAAGGCCAACACGGUGUCCGGGGGACGCAACAAGAUCCGCAAGAUGCUGGAGAAGACCCGGUUCAGCAUCCUCCCCCCGAAGCCCUUCAGUGACGGUGGCUUGUCCCAGUCUCAGGAUGACAGUAUGGUGGGCACGAAGCAGUGCCGGCACAGCGUGGCCAUCAUGCCGAUCCCAGGCAGCCUCUCGUCCAGCAGCCCGGACCUGCUCCAGCCCGCCAGCGCACUCGACUUCACCAACCCCGCAGUGGCUGGUUUCUACUACAUUCCCGAUCAGGUGAUCCGCGUGUUCAAGGCGGACCAGCAGAGCUGCUAUAUCAUCAUCAGUAAAGACACCACAGCCAAAGACGUCGUCUCGCAUGUAGUGAGCGAGUUCGGCCUCAUCGCAGCUUCGGAGACCUACUCGCUGUGUGAGGUCUCUGUUAGUCCUGAAGGGGUCAUUAAACAGCGCCGACUGCCGGACCAGCUCUCAAAACUAGCAGACCGCAUCCAACUCAACGGCAGGUACUACCUGAAGAACAACAUGGAGACGGAGACGCUGUGCUCGGAUGAAGACGCCCAGGACCUCCUGCGGGAGAGUCAGAUCGGGCUGCUUCAGCUCAGCACCGUGGAGGUGGCGGCUCAGCUCUCCAUGAGGGACUUCGGCCUGUUCAGGAACAUCGAGUCCACCGAGUACGUGGACGACCUGUUCAAGCUGGACCCGGGCGGUGGCCAACAUCUGAAGCAGUUCGAAGACAUCAUCAACCAGGAGACGUUCUGGGUGGCCACUGAGAUCCUCCGCGAGGCCAACGCGCUCAAGCGCAUGAAGACCAUCAAGCACUUCAUCAAGAUCGCCCUGCACUGCCGCGAGUGCAAGAACUUCAACUCCAUGUUUGCCAUCAUCAGUGGUCUUAAUCUGGCGUCAGUGGCUCGGUUGAGGAGCACGUGGGAGAAACUGCCCAGCAAGUACGAGAAGCUGUUCCGCGAUCUGCAGGACAUCUUCGACCCGUCACGAAACAUGGCCAAAUAUCGCAACAUCCUGAGCAGCCAGAGCGUGCAGCCUCCCAUCAUCCCCCUGUUCCCUGUGGUCAAGAAGGACCUCACGUUCCUGCACGAAGGGAACGAUUCGAGUGUUGAUGGCCUGGUCAAUUUCGAAAAGUUGCGAAUGAUCGCCAAGGAGAUCCGAAACGUUGUGCGCAUGACAUCAGCCAACAUGGACCCGGCACUCAUGUUCAGACAGAGAAAGAAGCGGUGGAAGAGUUUAGGGUCUCUGAGUCAGGCCAGCACUAACUCGAACCUGCUGGAGGUGCAGGCGGGCCACAAGAAGCGAGUGCGGCGCAGCUCUCUGCUCAACGCCAGGAAGCUGUACGAGGACGCGCAGAUGUCCCGGCGGGUGAAGCAGUAUCUGGCACACCAGGAGGUGGAGGAGGACGAGGACAAGCUCCAGAUGCUGUCUCUGCAGUGCGAGCCGGCCUACAGCACGCUGUCGAAGAGCCUGAACGAGCGGCGCUCCGCUAAGCCGGACAUGUCUCCGGUGUCGCUGCGCUCGGGUGUGUCGUCCUCCAGGCCUCAGAGCCGUGUGUCUCAGGUGCUCCAGGUUCCUCCCGUCAGCCUGUACCCGCUGCGCAAGAAGAGCCUCGCUAAAGACCUGAGCGCCUCCUUCAGUCCCAGCUCGCCUCAGACGCUGAAGAGAGCCGAUGACGCGAGCGUGAAGAGAGCCGAAGACCCGUCCACCGCCUCGUCCCUGCACUCCAGUCCCACCGGCUCCCCUCAGGGAUCUCCUCGCAAAGCAGGCGCAGCUCCCAGACUGAAUCUGUCGGGCUCGUCGUCGUCUCUGGCCAGCGAGGUCAACACUCGCGCGCCCGCGCGCACGUACGGCAUAGGUUACGCCCUGAUGCCGGUCGCCAGAUCUGAGCUGUCCGACUCCAGCGAGAUCUCGUCCCGCUCCAGCAUCGUCAGUAACUGCUCUGUGGACUCCAUGCUCACAGCGAACACCGCCAGCUGCCCGUCAGAGACGCCCGCACACACUCACGCUGACCUCACCCAGCCCGGCACCAGCUCACCUUCACCUCGCCCCUCUGCGAUGAGGGAGUCCAGCGUCCCGUGUUCGACGAGCGGUGAGGAGCUGACGGUGCCGAAUCACUCCUCGGUCUCUGAGAUGGCCGACAGCGGGCGCGGGAGCUGGACCUCCUGCUCCAGUAACUCCCACGACAGCCUCCAGACUCUCCCCGGCCCGCGUGCCCCGGACCUGCUCACCCACCGCCACACGCCCAUGGGCGGCCCGAUCGCUGAGGUGGAGCCCGGCCCGGGGGGGUCCAGAGACGGCUCUGAGCCCAGCCGGUCCUCGAGCUCGCUGUCGGACACGUAUGAGGGAAGCUACGGCACCAUCAAACGCAAGAGCGCAGAUCACGCCGCCUCCGACGGGCAGAACACCACAGAUCCUGCCUACAAGAUGAUCACGUCCAGCACGGAGAAGGGACUCAUAGUGUACUGUGUAACAUCACCCUGCAAAGACGAUAGGUUCACGGCGCCGCCCCCGACCCCGCCGGGGUACCAGGGCCUGAGUCUGGGCGACACACUCGUGCAGGACGGAGGAAAAGCCCACGUAAAGCCGCCCGAUUAUAGCGUGGCCUUGCAGAGGUGCAAGCUGAGACGCAGCCUGGCCGAGCCCAACCUGUCCCGGCCGCCCAGUGUUGCUCUCCAGACUCACGCUGAGAGCGAGGAGGAUGAGCAGGUUUCUGCCGUGUGACCGGACCUCAGCGCUGCACACACACUCCUGGCUCCUGCCAGAGAAGGUACAGGUUUGCACCCGUUAAACAAAGCCGUUUAACUACAAACCCCGUCUAUCUUUGCUGAUGGAGCGACUCGCUGAAGAAAGACUG